AAACAAUUUUAGUUUGGAGAGACGAUGAGAGGGAACAAUAAGAAGAUGAAUUCAAUCUUCGAUAACUGUCAAGAAACCGAUUCUCAAGAGAUCUUCCUACGACGCUGCGGAUUCGCUCAACGAGGCGUCCCUCCAGAUUCCGAUCCCUCCAUCCUCGGACUCUCUCAAUCUCCGUCACCGUUAAACAACGGAAUCUCACCUCCACACGAUUCCGUGACCGUUAGCGUGAUCAAUCCGGGUUACGAAGUAGAGGAGUACGUGGAGAGCCACGCGGUUCGAUUCGUCUCUCCACCGGAAAGCCCUAGCACCACCACCGUUGAUUCAGAGGAGGAUCGUACGGUUCCUGUUGAAUCGAGAGUUGAUUUGGAGAAUCAGGAGACGCCGGCGAAGAAGCUUAAGAUACCUGUGAGGGAUGUUGUGAAAGCCAUUGUUGUGAACUCGAGGAGCACUGAGGAGGAUGGAGAGGUUGAGAAGAAGAAGGAAAAGAGCUGCGUGCAGGUCCUUAAAGAGAAGGGAUUCAGUUUCGAUUGAAUUUUUUUUUCAAAUUGAUCUCAUAAUAUUGUUGUAAAAUUGGAUCUUAUCUGAGAAGUUUAUAUCACUCUUUUUAGUUAGAGUCAUGUUUGUUGUUAGAACGGUAGAUGGAGGAGUUGAGUGAGAAUUGGAGUGUGGUAUCAGUGUGUGUGUGGCAUUAUUCACUUUUUGAGGUUGUUUUUGCAAGUGGUUAUGGCCAUUAGUAAUAUGGUAUCAAAGCUCAAAGGUUUUAGUUUCUUGGUUGUGGCAUAAUGUUACAAACUUUACGUUCUGAUGCCUUAGUUAAGAAUGUGAGAGGAUCUAUUAGUAGAAUCCCACAUGGAGAAUUGAG